AUUGUAUUAAGAUUAGUAUGCUCGCAAAGUUGCUGCCUCAAAUUGGAACGCAGCAUCUGUCACUCUGACUUGUUUUUGUUCGUGGGCUAACCUUAGCCAUGUCUGACGCCAUUUGACUCGGAAAUUACAAACUCAGCCCGCCGGAUCCUCGGCGCAUGCGUACAUUCUAUGAUACGAUUUGCACAACGGUCGAGCAUCAAAGAUGGCGGGAGCCUCCGACCCACUGGAGGACAUGCUCUUCACUGAGGUGGAUGAGAAGGCGGUUAGCGACCUGGUCGGUUCCCUGGAGUCACAACUGGGCGACCGAAAGUCUCCCGCUGCUCCAUAUUCCGACGGAAAACGGGAGGCAGCUCCAGCCUCCGCAGUGCAGUUCUCUGAGAAAGUGCGCGAUCCAGUGGGGUCUCUAGAGCAGCCGCAACAAGGGCAUCCAGCCGUGGGGUUAACCCAGGAGCCGGGCGCCAAUGAGUCCCUCUCCGGUAAAAGCCUCUCCGUCUCUACCUCCUCUGUCACUGCCGCGAUUCCCGUCGGAGCCGGGCUGCAGAUAGUUGGAGCAGCUCCUUCAGGACCGGGACCCGUAACUUUGCCCAAUCAGCCCGGAGCUGCUAGCUUCCACCGGGCGCCUGCCGUGGGUCCGAGCGUGGCUCCCAGCUCCACUGUGGCUCCGGUGGUGGAGCCUCUCGGGACCGUUUCUCCUGGACUGCAAAGUUUAAACGGCGGAGCUGUGAAGUUGGUGAACUCGCCCGCCGGGACCAGCACGGUUAUAAGUUCUGUGACUCCGGGGGGGGCCGCGAUUCUCGCGCCCAUGGCUUCACAGCUUGGUUUCUCGGUACCUCCGUCUUCAGCGGCAUCUUCCGCUGUGGGUUUGCAGAAGCACCCCAGCCCGGGUGCCAGUGUAGCCCAGAACGGGGUGGACCCCAAGGCCGGCCCAUUGGUGACCCAGGGUGCCCCAUCCGUCUCCACCUCUCAGGUCCUGAACCACAGCAACCCUCUGAUGCACACCAAGAUGCUGGUGCCCAGCCUGCCCGUGUCUGGGAGCUCUGUCAUCCUGACCAGCACCCCUCCUCCAUCAGUCCAGUCCUCCAUCAGCCAGGCUCAGACUGGUACCAGUACUGCUGGGGUGAAGCUCUCGGUCAACGGCGUGGCCCAGCCUACACUGGCUGUGGUCAGGCCGCCCGGGACUGCUACCGUGGCCACCUCCAUCCAGCAGCAGAGACCUGGACUGGUGGGGAACCCCACACGGGCGGCUGCCCCUCAGCCUCCGCUGGCUGUUCGGCCGCAGCAGCAGACCACCAUCCAGCUGCCCCCCGGCUUCACCAUGCCUCCUGGAAUGGUUCUGGUCCGUACAGAGACGGGUCAGCUAGUGAUGGUCCCUCAUCAGGUCCUGGCCCAGGCCCAGGCCAAAACACAGCAGGCCCAAGCAGUGGUCACCCAGAGACCAGCAACACCCACGGCCGGAGCCACCAUAAGGGUCAGCACCGCCACCACGGCUCCUGGGACACCUCAGACCAUUCGCCUGGCCUCCCCAGCUCAGACCAGGAUGGUUCAGGCUCCCGCCACCACCACUGUACAGGCCAUCACCGUGGCUCCAAGUGGAGCAGCUGUCAAGAUGACCACCCCUCAGAAUGCCCAGACUGUGAUAACAGCUGGGGGGACAUCUGCAGCCAAACCGGCGGGGGUCCCGUCCACACCGGUGAACAGCACGACCCCCACUCUGGCCGCCACGCCACCUGCCAGAGUCACCGUGGUGUCGCAGGAAAUGCAGGAAAAUGUGAAGAAAUGCAAGAACUUCCUUUCCACGCUUAUCAAGCUGGCAUCCCACAACUCCCCCUCACCAGAAACCUCCAAGAACGUGAAGGCCCUGGUGCAAGACCUGCUCGAUGCUAAGAUCGAGCCAGAGGAGUUCACCACACGGCUGCAGGCUGAGCUUAAGUCUUCUCCACAGCCCUACCUCAUUCCCUUCCUCAAGAAAAGCCUCCCCGCCCUGCGCCAGUCUCUCCUAAGCAGCCAGCAGUCUCUGGUCACACCUGCCCCCAGCACCUCUGUGCCUCCCCCUGCUGCCCCCGGCUCUGUCACCACCACCAUCAGACAACGACUGCCGGUCAGUCCAGCUGGUGGCGCCGUCAGACUGACUGCUCCAGUCACCAACACAACGGCUCUGGCUGUGGGCAGAACUGGGCUUCAGACUGUGCAGCCUCGUACCCCUGUUGUGAUCGGCCCAGCUGUCAGAGCUCAAGCCACACUGGUGAGGGCACCCACAACCAUUAUUAGCAAAACUCCACUUCACCUGGCAGCUUCAGCCAAUCAGAAGAAACUCAGUGACCCGGGGGGCGGGACAUUCAGAGACGACGACGACAUUAAUGAUGUAGCGUCCAUGGCUGGUGUCAACCUCAAUGAAGAAAACGCCAGAAUCCUUGCAACCAGUUCAGAGCUUGUUGGCACAAAGAUUCGCUCAUGUAAAGACGAGUCCUUUCUGCCCCCUGGCCUGCUGCACCGCCGUGUCCUGGACACAGCUAAGAAGUAUGGUGUGACUGAGGUGCCGCUGGAUGUGGUGAACUUCAUUUCUCACGCAACCCAGUCCAGGUUGCGCUCCCUACUGGAGAAGGUUUCAGCUGUGGCCCAGCAUCGGACAGACGGCGGGAGGGAUGAAGAACAUUAUGAACAGUCGUCAGACGUUCGCUCUCAGCUUCGUUUCUUCGAGCAGCUCGAGCGAAUGGAGAAGCAAAGGAAAGAUGAGCAAGAAAGAGAGAUCCUGCUGAAGGCGGCCAAGAGUCGUGCUAGACAAGAAGAUCCAGAACAGGCUCGUCUGAAGCAGAAGGCCAAGGAGAUGCAGCAACAGGAGCUGGCUCAGAUGAGACAACGAGACGCAAACCUCACAGCCCUUGCAGCCAUUGGGCCUCGCAAGAAACGCAAGCUGGAGUCACUGGGAGGAUCUGCAGCUGGUGCUGAGGUUCCGUCGGGUUCGGGAUCGGGUUCGGUCAUGCCGACCUCCUCUCGCCAGCAGCUCCGCCAGCGGAUCACACGAGUUAACCUCAGGGACUUCAUCUUCUGUCUGGAGCAGGACCACACCACAACCCGCUCUCUCAUGCUCUACAAGGCUCUGCUGAAGUGAGGGUCCAAAUCACAGACUGGGUUCCCCUCUUCAGUCUCUGCAGCACCUUUAACCUGCUGUUUGUCUUUUGGACUCUUUCACGUCUUUGAAACAGAGACUCCGUUUCAGCUGCUCCACAUUUAAGACAACUCCUCUGACCCAAUUUCCCUCUAACGACCCUGGUCGCAUAAGAACGAUGAGUUAACUCGGCUUCUCUAAGCUGGAAUCAUGUUUUUAAACACUGUGUGAUGGUAUGUGGUCACGUCGUGAAGCCGUUUCCGCUAAUGAUGAUUUAAAUAAUUUGUGGCGUUCACGUUUGGUCUUGGACACAAAGGGUUCAGCUGCUCUUUCAACUCAUUUUAAUUCUGUUGAUUAUUGCUGAUUGAAUACAGCUUCAUUGGCUUCGGCUCGUAGGACGUGUGGCUCCUGCUGCUCCAGCAGAGGGAAGCCUAAUGCUUAACGUUUUACACAGAGGAACUAUGUGGCGCGGUUCUCGGUGCUGCUCUGACAGGUUGGUGGUAGCUUUAAUGGGCCCCUUUGGUGUUACCGAGCCAUCACGCUGACACUCACUAAAGCUUUUUUAAACUGAGAAGAGUCCAAAGCAAAUGGCAUUUAUAGUUCAGCUGGACUCUGACGGCGUGGUCCACCAGAAACACUGAGGUGGAGUUGAACCUCCUAAACAGAAAAAUGUGCAGAUCUCAAACCAGGAGUUCAUUUUUAUUAAGUUUGCCCAUAAAUAAAAUCAUUUUAGGGCUUUUAUUCUUCUGUUUUUAAUGUAGCUGGACUUAGCUCCUGUAAAUCAGCUGUUUUAUGUUCUUGCUAAACAGCUGUAGCUUCAUACUGUCUCAGAGUCUUUAUGCUAAGCGGCCAUAGCUCCAUACUAUCACUGUCUUCAUGCUAAGCUAACAGCUGUAGGUUCAUAUUGUCUUCUUAGACUUUCCCUAAAUGUUGAACUGUUCCUUUUAACACAACCUUCUCGCCACAGGAGCUGGUUCUCCUACAGACAAUGUACUCACUCAGGCUACUUCAUGAACGCUAACAUUCCCGCAGUUUCUUCUCAUCUCCAUUAUGUGCUUUCACUUUCAGCUCAGCCGUACUCAUGAACCAUUGUCAGUAGUUAAGAUGCAGUUUGGUGUCGACAAGUUGGGAAAUGGAGCUUUUUAAGGCUUGAAAUAUUUUCUCCCUGGUACCGGGCAUUUGGUUUCUCUAGUCUAUAGCGGUACCUGCUCACUGAAGCUGUGGUGUUCGUACUGUAUAUUCAGUCCAUCUGGGUCCUCAGCGCCCAGCUAGGUCUCAUCGGUUAAAAGGACAAUUUUUGCGAUUAUUUAUAUUUCCUACAUUCUGUAUUAAUCCUGAAGCCUUUCAGGAAAUGCAAUUUUACAGUUGUUUGUACCUUUGCUAAAAAAAUGCAAGAAAUAAAGUGAAGUGGUUUUGAUGUGA